GCUGUCACGCAUUCACUCUUUUUCCCGUGUAACCUCAUUGAGCAAGCACGCGUUUUCCGUCGUCGUAGUGUUCCGAUCGUUUCGAGGAUAGCUGCACAAGAACCAACCACAUCAAAAUGGGUCGUAUGCACGCUCCUGGCAAGGGUAUUUCCCAGUCGGCGCUUCCGUAUCGUCGUUCGGUUCCAUCUUGGUUGAAAUUGAACGCAGAUGAUGUGAAGGAGCAAAUUAAGAAGCUCGGAAAGAAGGGUAUGACCCCGUCCCAGAUCGGUAUUAUUCUAAGGGACUCGCAUGGUGUUGCACAGGUCCGCUUUGUUAAUGGCAACAAGGUCCUUCGCAUCAUGAAAGCUGUCGGUCUGAAGCCGGACAUCCCAGAGGAUUUAUACUUUCUGAUCAAAAAGGCUGUCUCAAUCCGUAAGCAUUUGGAGCGCAACCGUAAGGAUAUCGAUAGCAAGUUCCGACUGAUUUUGAUCGAGUCCCGCAUUCACCGAUUGGCUCGCUAUUACAAAAUUAAAGCUGUGCUUCCCCCGAACUGGAAGUACGAAUCGAGCACCGCUUCGGCCCUGGUUGCCUAAGGAAGUUGUGUUAAGAAUUAUAUUUUGUGUAAUUUCCGUUGUGUUCCACCAGCGGUAGAAUGAGGUCAAACAUACGUGAUAUGUUUGUGGAGCACUUGUAAUAAGUAUAUUGGAGAAAUAAAUAGCCGAAAGGUUAAUUUGUUCUAUCA